AUGGCCCAACAGCGUCUUCGGGGUCUUCUAAAGCGGUUCGACAGAGAUCCAGCAUUCGAAACCGACUAUCGAGUUGCUAUGAAGAAGACGAUCGACAAGGGCUAUGCCUCCAUACAUUCCGAAGAGGAAGCAGCUUGCUUUCUGUGGCAGGAUCCUGCGGCUUCCAAAACUCUAGUAUGCCGGAUGAAUCGCUUACCCUUCGGUGCGACCUGUUCUCCAUUUAUCGCCAUCCACACCACUCGAUGGGCCGCUAUGGAUGCAGAGGUGGGAGAAGAAAUCGCCAACGCUGUCAAGACGAAGAUGUACGUCGACGAUUAUUUGGGAUCAGCCACAACGGUCGACGAAGCGGUAAAGGAGGCCGCAACCGUAAGAAAAGCAUUGGCUGCAGCUGAUUUACAUUUUCAGAAGUGGAUCUCCAACUCUGUCGAUUUCGUUCGGGAGAUGCACGGAAGAGAUGGGCCAUCAGUAUGUCCGCCGUCAGAUUUACAGCUGGCGGAUAGUGGGAGUGAGAAAGUGCUGGGAGUGGUUUGGAACUUUCGGGACGAUACGCUGGGUUUUCGAGUCAACUGCCCGCAAGACGAGGAAUAUACUAGGAUCAGCCUCACUAGUAAAGUUGCUUCCGUGUUCGAUCCGCUAGGAAUAGCUGCACCAUUUGUCGUAAAGGCCAAGAUUCGGUUGCAAGAACUCGGAAUUAAAGGAUUGAAUUGGUCUGAUCCCGUGGAUGAAAAUGAUCGAGCUUGGUGGGAUUCCUGGUUUACCAGCCUUCGAGAGCUCGUUCGGGUCUCCAUUCCCCGUUGUUUAUUUUCUGAACAAUCUGAAAUCGGAAAUUCCCAGCUGCACGUUUUCGGAGACGCUCCCGAAGAAGCGUACGCGGCGGUGGUGUAUCUCCGCAACGCUUAUCGUUCUGGAAGUGUCCAAGUACGGAUGGUAAAAGCCAGCAGUAAACUCGCGCCUAAAAAGACGCUGUCGGUACCAAUGCUGGAAUUGAACGUUGCCCUGCUUAGCUCCCGGAUCGCCGCAGCCAUUCACAGCUCCCUAACACAUCCGAUCCAGCGACGAUUCUUCUGGACAGACAGCAGCACCGUGCGUAACUGGAUUAGAGCCACUGCAUCUUUUUACCAGGUUUUCGUUUCUAAUCGGAUCGGCGAAAUUCAAACUCUAACCGAGACAGAAGAAUGGCGCUUCGUCCCCGGACGCCAGAAUCCAGCGGACGCCACCCCACGCUGUUCCAUAGGUGACAGAGUGUUUCCCAAAAGCUGGCAAGACGGCCCAGAAGUCCUCUUUAAAGCUGAGUCGGAGUGGCCUCAAGAUCUGCCAUGGAUGGCCGCAACGCUGGAACUGAAGCACAUCAAGCAGUACCAUGUUCGAGCAGCUUCGGAUCCAUUUGACUGGUCGGAAUUCCAACUAGAUAAGACUAACCUCUCUUCCUUUUUAAAGUUAGAAGGUGACGCAUUAGAGCUGGUCAAGAGAUGUCAGAUGGAAGCUUUCUUCGACGAGAUCCAGUCGCUUCAACGAGGAAAACCUCUGCCAUCCGCUUCACAUCUUCUAUCUCUCAGUCCAACCAUUGGAGAAGACGGUUUACUGCGUUUAGGAGGACGAAUCGAACGAUCCAAAUUGCCGUACGAUAAUCGACAUCCUCCUUUGCUGCCGAACAAACAUCCAUUAACCGAGAAGAUAGUCAAAAUUGUACAUGAAGAAAUGCAUCAUGCCGGCACAGAUUAUUUGUUUGCCAAGCUUUGCCAACAUUUUUGGAUCAUCCGGGGGAGGGAAGUGGCCAAGAAGAUCCGUAGGCUUUGUCCGUCUUGCAUCAGGGAGAGAGCGGUACCCGCGGCCCAAAUGAUGGGUGACUUACCGGCAUUUCGACUUAAUUCUUUUUCGCCACCUUUCACUCAUACAGCCGUGGACUAUUUCGGCCCUCUGAAAACAAGUCCGGGUCGAAAUAGAGUCCUCAAAAGAUACGGUGCGCUUUUUACGUGCUUGGUGACCCGUGCUGUGCAUUUGGAGUUGGCGGAGUCACUUUCGUCAGAGGAUUUUUUGCUCGUUUUCAGGCGUUUCAUCGGCUUGUUUGGUAAGCCAGCGUCCGUACACUCCGACAAUGGAACGAACUUUGUCGGGGCAGAAAGAGAAUUAAACGACCUUGUUCAGAAUCGACGAAAUUUUUCCCGUGCUGUAAAGUCGCCGUUGAACAAAGUGGGUGACUGA